AUGAGGUCCCUUAUCCUCCUUUCUUUUUUCCUCCGGUUGCCGCGAGCUGCCACGAAACGUGCGCAGCUCACCGUCACGACGUCUUCCACCAAGCGCCGAAAAGUUUCUCCAGAGCCUCGCAGCAGCCCAGGAGAGGCCCGACGUCACGGCCACUCUGAGCCUCCCUCCUCCGCCUUGCCACCGGACCGUCGCUCUUCGUCUACUUCCAACUCCCGAAGCAAGAGCUCGUCGCUCUCGCCGCCCCGCUACGUGCCGGCUCAUCUUCAGUUCCCGGUCCCUGGAACUCGCCCCCAGUCCGGUGGCCGCUCGCCGACCCCCGCGACCGCAUACGCUGGCCUCUCCCUAUCGAGCGACUACUCUGUGAUGCCGUCCGAUCACCGUGACGGCUCUCCUCCGUCGAAUGGCGACGGUCGGUCGCCUUCUCCAGGUGUCAAACGACCUGCCUCUGAGAUUGCGGAUUCGGACCCCGAGGGCGGCGUCAGCACAUCUUUGGGGGGUGUUGACGCGCGCGACUCGGGCAUCCUGACCGGGCCGGAAGACGAUAACAUCUAUCCCACUCCGUCUAGCAGCGCACCCAACUCCAGCCAAGAGCACUGCAACCCCGCCUCCCAAUCGCACGAUGUUCCUUCGAUCGACGACCAGCUGGCCCAAGUGACUGCGCUGGUGAUGCGGCCUCUGCAAGAUGGGCAGAAGGGCUACGUGAUCUCUAUGACGUGGAUGAAGAAGGUGUUCGCGCGGAGCUCGACGCAAGCUGACAGAGCGGACAAGGAAUCUCUCGAAAGCGAGCUGGGGCCGGUGGACAACUCGGACAUCGUUCUGGAUACCGACCCGGAGACUAGUGACUUCAAAGACGAGGCGAAUGAGCCAUAUGUACCGUUGCGGCCCGGUCUCCAAAUCAGCGAGGACUUUGAGCUUGUGCCGCAGGAGGGUUGGGAUUUGAUCAUGAAGUGGUAUGGGCUCGCGGAUCAGUCGCCCGUCAUCGUUCGCUACGCACACAACACCAACCCAGCUGGCGACAUGGAGAAUAUCAUUUAUGAACUGCAUCCACCUAUUUUCACCUUUUUCAAGCUGUCGAAUCCGUCCGCCGGCAUGUCACCUCAGAUGUUGAAGGAAAAGAACAUGCCUGCCCCCCGGACGUUGGCCAGCCGCCAGAUGUCAUUCCAGAAGUGGUUGAUGGUGGCAAAGCAACUGGCUGGAAUUGACAUGAACACCAAGGUUCGUGUGUGGAAGAUUCUUGGCGGCCUGCAAAGCACCAACCCAUCCGCAUCAGCCACACCGGCAGUUUCCCGCGCUGCGUCACCGGCACCGGCAGCGGGCCUCAUUCCUGGCCACAAAACGCUUGUCGUCGACCUGAACACUUUUCUGGCUUUGUCUGAAGGCAGCCAGCGGGUACUACUCGAGGGCGUCAAAGACCAGACUGCCAAUGUCAACUACAAUGGUCGAAUGAGCUUGGACGUGGCUGGCCUUGCGGGAACUGACACUGUUGUCCUCGAGGAACAUGUUGGCGGACCGAAAGGCGGAGAUUGGGUGUCCGAAGCCUCAGCGCAGACGCUCAAGCGCUUGGGCAUUCCCGCGGUCCAUUCCAAGAAAGAGCUUUCCACCCAGUCUGCCAACAAAAGCCCGACUCCUAGCGGCAGAUCCACGCCGGCUCCCGAGAACAGAGGUCGACGUGGUCGAGAUAUGGGUUUGACUGGCUUCGAGAAUCUUGGCAACACAUGCUACCAAAAUGCGGCGACUCAAUGUGUCCGAGCCGUUGAGGAGUUGACCUACUAUUUUCUCAGCGAAUCUCACAAAAAAGAUCUGAACCCGGAAAACCCGCUUGCCUACAACGGUGCUAUUGCUAAAUCAUAUGCUGGUUUGCUGCGUGAUGUCUACCGUGAACCUGUGCCAUCCAAUAUCAGUCCCGGGUAUUUUCGACGCACGAUCGGAAAAUACAACCCGGCAAUGUCUGGCUUCGAGCAGCAUGAUAGCCAGGAGUUUCUGAUGUUCCUUCUGGACGGUCUUUCCGAGGAUUUGAACCGAAUCAAAAAGAAGCCGUACAUUGAAAAGCCUGAUUCGACUGACGAGAUGGUGCACGACCGCGAAGCACUGGAGAAGUUCGCAACCAAGUCAUGGGAUAUCUACAAGGCCCGCAAUGACUCUGUCAUCACUGAUCUUUUUGCUGGCAUGUACAAAUCUACUCUUGUUUGCCCGGAGUGCGACAAGGUCAGCAUCAUCUUUGAUCCUUUCAGCAGUCUUACAUUGCCGAUCCCGAUGGACGAGCCUUUCGCUCGAGAGAUCAUCUACAUUGGCUUGGGGCGCAAGCCGCUGAGAAUUACCGUGGAGGUUGAUCGAACGGCCAGCUUGAGAAUGUGGAAAGAGGCGGUUGCCAAGAAGAUGGACGUUGAUGCCGAUCGCAUCAUUGUGUCCGAGGUUUACCAGGGCACGUUCUUCAAACAUUUCGACAGUGACAAUCAAUCCAUUCAAGAGAUGCGACUCUCGGCUCACGAUGACAUCGUUUUUUACGAGGUCGAGGCAACUCCCACCUCGACGGCGAAAGGGUCGAUCUUGCGAGGACCUCCGAAGUUCAACUCACCCGAAGCUGAUUACACUCUCGUCCCCAUCUUCAACCGACGGAGGGUCGGAAACAAAAACCGGUCGCAGUUCGACAUCUUUGGAAACCCGUCUUUCAUCGUUGUCACUCGCGAGGAAGCUCAAGAUUUCGGUGCCAUCUUCCACAAGCUUCUGAACGUCGCUGCAAGCAUGACGACCCGCGAUAUUCUCGGCGAGAGCCACAAUGGGGUCGUGCAGUCGGCCCAAAGCUCCGAGGACUCGGACACUGUUCUGAUGAAUGCGGACGAUGCAGAGUCCGCCGACUCCACGAUCAAAACCUCUUCUGUCGAAGAUGAGGACAGCAUUGUUGACGUUUCGAUGUAUGAUGUUUCACAGUCCUCGCCCACUCCCACUCAGGACCGAGAGUUAGAAGAGCAAUCUCCCGCUCACCCAUUGGCUGGCACAGUCGCCCCAGCGCUGCUCAGUCUCUUUGACGCCAAGGUCAUGAAGACUAAAGAAAGUCUACCCAAGGGCCGGUCGAUCGAUCAGUCCAAAGACUACCCCCUGAUCUCCAGUCUGAUCAAACCUGCGUCCGUCCCGAAGAAAGACUCGGAUGGGAUGUCCCAGAACUCGGAAGAAGACAAGAGUGAUGUAAGUAGCGAGACUGAUGGCUCUGAUUCGGAACCCAGCACCAAUGGUGCCAAUGGUGACUCGGAACCUGGUGAAUGGCCCCUCAUCUGUCCUGGUGAUGCCAUCUUGCUUGACUGGAAUGACGACGCCUACGAUGCGCUGUUUUGUGGCAAUAAACGCGAUGACAACGAGCUCAGAGGCGCAGGUACAUGGCAGAAUAUUGAAGUCUUCUAUGACCGCGAGCUUAUCCGGCGUCGUGCACAGCGGGAAGAUCGCAAGGCCCGGGGCAUCACUCUUGAUGAGUGCUUGGAUGAAUUCAGCAAGGAAGAGAUUCUGUCCCAAAGUGAUGCUUGGUAUUGCCCCCGUUGCAAGGAACAUCGCCAAGCUCGCAAGAAGUUCGAGUUGUGGAAGGCUCCCGAUAUCAUGGUGAUUCACCUCAAGCGCUUCGGCGCCCCGGUCCGUGGCAUGCGAAUGAAGCUCGACACCCUUGUUAAAUUUCCCCUGGAAAACCUGGAUAUGACCGGCCGUGUGCAAGGCCCUGAUGAUGGCAAUGGCUUGGUCUAUGACUUGAUCGGCGUGGACAACCACUCUGGCAGUAUGGCCGGAGGACACUACACUGCAUUUGCAAAGAACUUUGUCGAGGACAAGUGGUGCAGUUUCAAUGACUCUAACGCCACCGUUAUGACCAACCCACAGCAAGCUGUCGGUUCUCGGGCGUAUCUGCUCUUUUACCGGCGUCGAUCCAACCGUCCUCUUGGUGGCCCUAAACUCCAAAAGAUCGUUGAUGACUACAAGCGUGGUUCUGAGGAAGGCGAGCACUCCACUGACUCGCGUGGCCCGUCACCUUCGGGGAAGGCCAGUGCCUCGGCGGCUCCUCCCGCAAUGGAUGGUGGUUUGCGAGCCGGUCCUCCGGCGACGAAGGAGGGUGAGGAUGAUUCGCCUCCCCGGUACGGAGCACACGACGAUGACGACCUCGCGGACAGCGAGUCCGAUAGUGGACGACUGGAAGGUAUGCAAUUCACUGGCAAUGUUUUCGAGCUCGACCACGAGAGACCCGACCCGCUCAGCAUCAACCAGGACCCCUCCUGGUCCUUCAAGCGAGUGCCCGAAGCUCACGACUUCGAACAGAUGACAGCCCAUCCUCCGGGAUCUUUCUCUAAUGGCGUCCGCGAUGAUGACGAUCUCUUUGACGACAAUGAUAGCACUGUGGCUGUGGGCGAUGGAGACUUGGAUGAUCUUGAUGCCCGUCUGCUCGAUCUGAAAGACUCGCCUCCGGCUGGGCGCUCUCAGGGUUUCAAGUCCGGUCCGGGUUCCGAGGCUGAUGCCUCUUUCGAAGAUAUCCCGCCCCUGAUGGAGGACAACUCUGAUGAUGACCUGCCCGUUGUCGAGCUGCGUGUGGGUGAUGAUGACAAGAUGGUCUCCGAUUAA